AUGCUUGUUUUCUAAGUCAAAGCCAGCUUUUGGAUAAUGGUUCAGGACCCUUAUGGUGCAGCUAGGAAACUGCACAGUAGAUCUGAAGAUGUGCAGGAAGGUGGGAAAGUUUGACAGUUUACUUACACAGCCAGUAGAAUGGACAAAAAUGAAUUGUUCCUUGAUAUUGGUCUUGAAUGUUGACGAGGAUGCUUACUGUUCAAAAGCUUGAAGAAUUAUCUUGCUUAAGGUCAGGGGGCAGAUGCAGCUAUGUGCUUUUGCUAGGAAGCAAUUCUGUGGAAAUGGGCGGAAACACUACUUUUGCAGUGUCAGCUAUUAUGAGACCAUGUGAAUGUUACAUAUGCAUAAGAAUAACAUGUUUACCACAGCUAUGAUUAGUUUGUGUGUAUGUGAAGUGGGAUGGAGAGAAUGCGGGGGAAUGAACAUGGAAGUAUUGUGGAAGAAUUGUGAUAGGUCUUCACUUGUAUAUGUGACACUAAUUGUAGAAGAUAUAAUCAGGAUUCACAUCUAUUAUGCAAUAUUGUUAGCAUUGCUCGGUUAUAUGUAUGGGUCUUAAUAUAAAUGUUAUCUUUAUUCCUAUAGGAUUAGUUCAGAACGCAGAAAGGAGAAGUCCAGAGAUGCAGCCAGAUGCCGAAGGAGUAAAGAGUCUGAGGUGUUCUAUGAACUUUCUCACCAGUUGCCUCUUCCCCAUCAUGUGAGCUCGCAUCUUGACAAAGCCUCCAUUAUGAGGCUAACAAUCAGUUACCUGCGCAUGAGAAAACUGCUUGAUGCAGGUGACCUGGAAACAGAAGCCGAAACUGAGACACAGCUCAAUUGCUUUUAUUUGAAAGCUCUGGAUGGAUUUGUCAUGGUUCUCUCAGAAGAUGGUGACAUGAUUUAUAUGUCUGAAAACGUGAACAAAUGUAUGGGACUCACACAGUUUGAGCUGACCGGACACAGUGUGUUUGAUUUCACUCAUCCAUGCGACCACGAAGAGCUAAGAGAGAUGCUCACCCACAGGAAUGGUCCUGUGAAGAAGGGAAAGGAACAGAAUACUGAACGCAGCUUUUUCCUCAGAAUGAAGUGUACUUUGACCAGCAGAGGAAGAACUGUCAAUAUAAAGUCUGCCACAUGGAAGGUACUUCACUGCACAGGGCACAUCCGUGUCUAUGACAAUUGCACCAAUCAGACAAUGUGUGGGUAUAAAAAGCCCCCCAUGACGUGUUUGGUGUUAAUCUGUGAGCCUAUUCCUCAUCCGUCAAAUAUCGAAGUUCCCUUGGACAGCAAGACAUUUCUCAGCCGCCACAGCCUUGACAUGAAAUUCUCAUACUGCGAUGAAAGGAUUACAGAACUGAUAGGGUAUGACCCUGAAGAACUGCUGGGUCGCUCCAUAUAUGAAUACUAUCAUGCUCUGGACUCUGAUCAUCUGACAAAAACACAUCAUGACAUGUUUGCUAAAGGGCAAGUGACCACCGGACAGUACAGAAUGCUUGCCAAGCAAGGGGGCUACGUCUGGGUUGAGACUCAAGCGACUGUUAUAUACAACACUAAGAAUUCCCAGCCACAGUGUAUAGUGUGUGUGAACUACGUCUUGAGUGGCAUUGUUCAAGGGGACCUGAUCUUUUCGCUCCAGCAGACUGAGUGUAUGUUGAAACCAGUGGAUUCACCGGAAAUGGGAAUGAUCAAAAUACUUGAUAAGACUGAACUGAAAGACAGCAACAGCCUCUUUGAGAAACUUAAGAAAGAACCAGAUGCAUUAACUUACCUUGCCCCUGCGGCCGGAGACACCAUAAUCGCGUUAGACUUCAGCAAUGAUGAGUCUGAUGAGCAACAGUUUGAUGACGUUCCUUUGUAUAACGAUGUAAUGCUCCCCUCAUCCAGUGAGAAAUUGCAGAAUAUAAAUUUGGCAAUGUCUCCACUACCUGCUUCUGAAGCUCCUAAACCGCUCCGUAGCAAUGCUGACCCAGCACUCAAUAGAGAGGUGGUGUCCAAGCUGGAGCCCAGUGCCGAGCCUUUAGACCUUGCUUUUUCCAUCCGUCGGACGCAAGAGCAGCCGGCCACUCCUUCCGAUGGAAGCGCCAGCCAAAGCUCACCUGAGCCCAGUAGUCCUCCUAAUGACUAUUGCUUUGAUGUGGAUAACGAGAUUGCCAGUGAGUUCAAACUGGAGCUGGUGGAAAAGCUCUUUGCAAUUGACCCAGAGUCAAAAAACCCAUUUUCUAUGCAGGAGACUGAUUUAGAUUUGGAGAUGUUGGCACCCUACAUCCCCAUGGAUGAUGAUUUCCAGUUGCGUUCCUUUGACCAGCUCUCUCCUCUGGAGAACAGUUCUACCAGCUCUCCUUCCAGUGCGGCCCCAGUGACAGGGUUUCAGCCCACCCCAUUGCCAUCGCCUGCCCCAGACAAAAUAAAGCGGGUGCCAGUCAAGCACGAGGAUGACACAAGGGCACUCGUAGCUCCCGCUCACGUCACUGUAGACAGCAGCAGUGCCCCAGCGACGCUGUUUACGGAGAGUCCGAGUCGAACAGCCUCUCCGGCCAGAGGAGGGAAAGGCACGAUAGAGCAGAAGGACAAGUCAAAUCCAGGAACGCCAAACUUACUGACAGUCACGCUGGGUAAAGGAUCGAUUGCACCGAAUGAAGAAAUCAACCCAAAGCUAAUAACGCUACACAAUAUUCAGAGAAAACGAAAGAUGGAGCAGGACGGUUUGCUUUUUCAAGCAGUGGGAAUUGGCACGCUAUUGGCGCAGUCGGGUAGUCCGGGAACAAAUGUGUCGCUGGCCUGGAAACGCGUGAAAGGAUGCAGACCUAGUGGACAGAACGAGGCAGCAGCGAAGACAGUCAUUCUAUUACCUUCAGAUAUAGCAAGUAAACUUCUAGGGCAGUCGAUGGAUGAGAAGGGACUCCCACAACUUACGAGCUACGACUGUGAAGUGAAUGCUCCCAUACAAGGCAACCGCAAUCUGCUACAAGGUGAAGAAUUGCUCAAAGCCCUGGAUCAAGUCAACUGAGCAUUUCCCCCUCUUUACAGUCGUUCUGUUUUCUUGGACACUGGUGACUCACCACCUAAAAGCAGUCUAUUUAUAUUUUCUAUACCUGAUUUUAGAAGCCUGGCUACAAAUACUGCACUAAUUCAGUUAGUUUGUGGUUCUGAUCCCCUUUCUACUUUGGACAGUCUCUUACUUAGAGAGUGUUGAGCUUUUUUCUUUUUUAACAACAGUAACUCAGCUAAUGGUGCAUUUUUGGUACAUAAACAAUCAAAAUCCAGUACAUUUAGACCACGCUUGCAACGGCAGCUUUGAUGUAGGCACCUUUUUUAAAGAAAUAUUUAUUUUUUAUUUUGACCUGGAGUUUGUCACUGAGGAAGUUUCUAUCAAAUUAUCACAGUAAAACUGUCUAAGCCUUCUGUUGUGUGAUGCUAGGCACACUGAAGGCACCUUGUGCUCUGCCUCUAUACGAUGUUCAGAUCAAUUUUUACUUAACUUUUUUUUUUAAGAAACGUUGCUUUGCAGCAGUGAAUUUGUAGCCACAAUCGCACAAUCUAUUUUCUUAACAAAAUAAAAACAAAAUGCCAGCAGUUCCUCAUGCAAUAUAUUCUGCAUUUCUAAAGCUAGUUUUUAAAAACAUUUCCCCCCACCCCUUUGGUUUCAUUUUAUGUUUAUUGCCUGUGAAAUCAUGUAGAAAUGUUGGAGUAAUGUUUUUGGUCACGUUGUACAAGAGGAUUCUUAAAUGCUGUGUUCAUGUCCAAGUGUGGUUAGGGGAAGAGAAGGAUUUGAUCUUGAGAGGCUAGCAAUUUGGGGGCUUCAGGAAAAAAGAUGAUGUGGGAAGGAGGAUGUUCAUUAAAUUAUCAAUGGUGCUGGAGAAAGUAGGUAACUUUUUCUCUCCUUUGCAAUACUAGGAUAUGGAUUUACCCAACAAAGUUUCAUUUUCAGUACAGAAAAACAAAGCAGUUUUUCACACAAUGCAUUAAAUUCUCUGCCUUGGUGUGGAGAUGGCCACUGGUUGAUAUGGCUUUGUAAAAGAAUAAAGAAUGGGGCUAUUUGCGAUGAUAGCUAAAUGGAACCUCUGUGUUUGGAGGCAGUGUAAUAUUUUGCUGGGGAACAAACAACAGGGAAAGACUUUUCAUCCUGCUUUGUGAUCAUCUACUUAGAAGUAUCUGCUGGACUGGAUGGAACCCUGGCCAGAUCUAUCGGGGCUUUUUCUCUGUAAUUUAUGUGGACACCUUCUCUUUUAAUGGAAAGUAAAGAGGUUUUCGAUGUUUAAGUUGCUUUGCCAGCUCAGAGAAAAUUCUCCCCUGCCUAUAGCUGUGAAAAAUUCAUACUAAUAUUGUGUAUCUAAUAAGUAAAUGUUCCGAUUUCCCUGUUUGGUAGAGGUGGUAUUUCAAGCAAAUCAUAAAACAUCCUGCGGUGUUAGCAGAGUUGAAUAGUUUUAUCACAGAGUUGCUUGGUAAUAUUUGAUGUUUUGAGGUUUAUGCACCUUGUUGCUAUUAACAUUCAUGUGUUUUGUUUUAUUUUAUUUUAUUUUAUUUUAUUUCAUUUUAUUUUAUUUUGUUAACAAUAGAUUUCAGUAAUGCUGAAUAUAUUUUAGGAACUUUUUUAUUUAGGAACGGUGUCGCACAACAUCUUAUUUUCCUUCUAUGUGCUGUAUAAUGAUUCCCUCCCCACCACUACUCUUUCUUUUUUCCUCUUUCGUGGUUGGAUCUAACACUAACUGUAUUGUUUUAUUACAUCAAUAAACUCUAUGUGGACCAGGCCUGCAA